UGUUGGAAACCAGAGCGAGGCCCUGAGGUGCUGGUUUAUUGUGACAUGGCCUGCAGAGCCGACACUGAGCUGCAACCUCCCAGCUUUGAACCGCCUCUGCUGUCUGAACAAAUAAACCAAACCGAGGAGGAACAACUGGCUGUGGAGCCUGACGUGAUCCCUGAUGUUACUCUGAAGGUGGAAGGAGAGAGUUUUUACGUGAACCGAGGACGACUGGCUCUCCAGAGCCCCUACUUCAGAGCUCUGUUCUUCGGCUGUGGCGUGGAGAGCAGCAGGAGGAGGAUUGAGAUCAAAGGUGUGAACGUGGAACAUUUCAGGAUUUUGAUGGAACACAGCAGAACGUGUAACCUCGCUUUAGACAGAAAUAAUGUUCUGGAGAUCCUCCGGACGGCAGAUUAUUUGCAGCUGGAGGGAGCCAGGCUGCUCUGCUCUAAGUUCCUGGAGCGUGAGCUGCACCUCAGCAACUGUGUGGGAAUGAUGGCCUUCGCCUGGCAGCUGGGAUGUUCUCAGCUCUACACUGCAGCCAGACAGGUGGUGCUCACUCACUUCUCUGCCGUCUACACCCAGGAGGAUUUUCUGUCUCUAUCCAAGGAGUCGAUAGCAGAUCUGCUCGCCAGUGAUGACCUGACCAUCAUGAAAGACGACCUGGCCCUGGAGGCCGUCCUGCGCUGGGUGGCGUUUGACCCCAAACGAGAGGAACACUUCCUGGAGCUCAUCGAGCUGGUGAGGCCCGAGUCUCUGUCCUUACCGUUUCUCACCGAACUUCUGACCAGGAUGAAAAGUUCCGACCACAGAGCCCAACUCAUCUGCAAGCUGAACCAAUACUUCCCUGCGUCCUGGUCAAUGGGCAGGUCGGUGAGGAGGACCAGGGCCGGGGAGACUCUGUUCGUCCUCGGCGGGCCUCACGAUCAGGAGCAACAGCCGCUGUACCGUUUUCACCCGCUCAGUGGACGAUGGCAGAAGUGUUCACCUCUGCAGAGGAAGAACCUCACUCAGUACUCUGUAGCUGCAGCAGGUGACAGUGUGGUUGUGACGGGCGGCUACUUCCGGGACGUGCUGUGGUUCAGCGUGGACUGGGUCCGGAUCUAUGAAGUCGGGAACCAGCGCUGGGUGGACGGUCCGGCCCUGCAGAAGUCCAGACACAGUCACUGCUCCGUGGGGCUGGACUCCACGCUGUACGUCCUGGGAGGCAGCAUGGACGAAGGCCUGGUGGCCGACGUGGAGAGGCUGGUGCUGGGGUCCGAGGGGGGCUGGGAGGCGGUGAGGCCCCUGGUCCGGGCCGUGGAGAGGGCUGCCUCUGCUGCUCUGGACUCCUGCAUCUACGUAGCCUGUGGCCUGGAUGAAAACGGGGAAGUUUACGCAGGAAUCCAGAGGUACGUGGUGAAGGAGGACCAGUGGGACGUGGUGUCCUACUCCCCAUUUCCACGAUAUGACCUGGUCGCCACUGAGCUGAACGGCGCCCUCUACCUGUUCGGAGGUCAGGCGCUGCGGUUGGACGUGGAGACGGACGAGUGGACGGAGCUGGAUGAAGAUUGUCUGAACAGUAAGUUCUUCUGCGGCUGCUCCACCGUCGCCGGGCAGAUUUACCUGCUCAGUGAGAGGAAGAGCAACAAAGCUUCUCCCAACAUGGUGCUGCUGGACUCCUACAUAGACACCUGCAUCCAGGUGGACGAUAACAUUCCCUGUCCUGUUCCCCUCAGAGGCUGUGUCACCGUCAGGAUGGUCACAUGAUGGAGGGUCAUGUGAGGAUAAUAAUUGGAGUUUUGUGCAUUCGAGGUGUUUUUCUUUCCUUUAACUUCCUCUCUGGUUGUUGAUUUCACCCCUAAAAACUUCCAUCUGUGUAGUAAAGCUGUUCAGAAGGUUUUCUUUUCAUGACAAUAAUCUCUUCCUGCCUUAAAAUGGUAACUCUGUACCGUUGCUUCCUCCAGAUCUUUGAAUCUGUCUGUGCUCGUUGCAGCUCAUCACCGUUUCUGUUUAAACACUGUAAAACUACACAGAAAAAAAAAUCUGGAGAAAUAAAAUGCACUAAGUCUGCCAGAACAAAUAAUAAAAAUUACGAACACUGGAUUACUGUUACGUUCAAAAAACUGUAAAAAUUGUGAAAUUAACCAUAAAUAUCUGUGAAAUAAUUGUAUUUUUUUUGCUGAUUUAAACACAGCAAAUGGGGUCAUUUUAUGGUCACACAUUGUAAAAGAGUAAAUUAUUAUUUGUAAAAAUACAUUUUUUUUGAUGUGGA